GGGAAGAUGGAAGGGACAGCAAAAUUUAGUUUUAGACACUUGGAACUACUUCCUAACGUUUAUGAAUCAAACGAUUCUGCUAGAUUAACUUUGGCAUUCUUCGUAGUAGAAUCUUUGGCGAUUCUCGGAGAAUCUUUGGAAAAAGCGUCUGAGUAUUGCGAUUACGUGUAUAAAUGCCAAUUACCUUAUAUAAACGGUGGUGGAUUCAGAGGUAGUCUUUUUAUGGGAAAGCAGGAGUAUGACAAUGAUGAAAUUCCGCCAUACGAUCCGUCGAAUCUGACAAUGACAUAUACAGCUAUACUAUUAUUGGCAUUAUUACGCGAUGAUUUUAGUCGAUUAGAUGUUAAGGGAAUAAUUCGAUCAAUAGAAGACCGCCAGAAACCUGAUGGUUCUUUUGCACCGAUUCCUAGUGGCUCAGAAUCGGAUAUACGUUUGGUUUACUGUGCAUCGGCAAUAUCAUCAUUACUUGGUGACUUCAGUGGUAUCGAUAUCCCCCAAACAAUUGCUUACAUCAAAAGGUGUCGUACAUACGAUGGGUCAUACUCCCAGACACCAAAUGGUGAAGGUCAGGGUGGUACAACCUACUGUGCACUCGCAAGUUUAGAAUUGCUAUCUUCACAAAUACCAUCUGAACAGCUCAUAUCACAUAAAGAAUCUGACGAGACCCUUCGUUGGCUUUCACAACGACAAAUACAUGGCUUCCAAGGGAGGACUAACAAAGAUUGCGACAGUUGUUAUUCAUUUUGGUGUAGAGGCGCUUUCGAAAGCCUAAAGAAACUAUCCAAUUUACCUGAUGAUUUAGAGAUUUUCAGUGAUGAACUUGAUGGAGAUUUCCUUCUCAGUUGUAGCGGUAAAUUAGGCGGUAUAGCUAAAUACCCCAAUGAAUAUCCAGAUGUACUCCACAAUUGCCUCGGUUUGUCCGCCUUAUCAAUGGCAAAAAGCCGGAGCUCAUCUGCGACAACUCUCAAAAGUAUUAAUAGUACUAUAAAUAUUGAAAUAACAGCAUUAGAAUGGUUGAAAUCUAGAAUAAAUCAAUUGUAAUAUUAUCAAAUUGCACAACUAUCACCAAAACCUUGACUUGACCAUUUCAUACCUCCCGUAAUGAUGAUGCAUAUUGCUUGACCGAGUAGGAUCGAGGUGGCUGAGUAAAGGAAGCAACGUCUUGAGACUCCCAUCGCAUUUAGUUCCAUGGCCAUUGAACUGACUGUAGAUAAUGACCCGCCCAAUCCGUCCUGGAGAGCUUGGAGAACAUUACAACGUACUUGUGAAGACUGAGAUGCUCCACUGAGAUGGAACAAUCCAAACCCAAGGCAAGUGAAUACAGUACCUAAAACGUUAGACAUGAGUGUUCCGUAUGGUAUAUAAACACCAGGUUUGUUAAAAUAUCCAGCGAGUUUAUGACGCAUGUAAGCACCUGCUGGGGCAAAUAGCAAGGCGUACGUCCAAGUACGCAGUCUGUGUGUAGAUUCCGUUAAUGCAAGCGCUAGCGUGAUGACGUAGGAAACAACACCUAAUGCGAUAGCAGCACCAAGUGAUAUCUUCGAUUUAUGUUGGUAGCUUUCCUUGGAGAGAUUGAUACGCUCCUGAAUUCGCUUUCCCAGUGCUAGUCCGAACUGUGCAGAGGCUAUUGAUAUGCAGCUAGUUGAUAGUAUGUAUGAUAAGAAGUCAAAAGCGGCACCUUUUGCGUUACGUGACGCAUAGUUUGGCGUAUUCACAUAAGUGUAGCUCUUCCAUAAGUCUAGCAUAAAGGUAGAGAACGUUGUGAGAGAUCCACAAUAUCCAGUCGCUAUCGCCAGAGUGAGAUCGGUGAGGAUAAACUCCAAACUUGGUUUGAGCCCAUUUGCUAGUCCUAUCACUAAACUUCCGAUAGCCUGGGAGUAAAUCACGGGUGGAAGAAGCGGUGAAGGGUAAUUCGUGAGACUAGAUAGCGCCAGUCUGGUCAAUACACCGAGCAUUGACGCGGGUAUAAUCAAUCCUAACCCUCUGAGCUCAUUUGCUAUCAGAGAAGUUGAUGGUCGAGGCA